AUGAAUACAGAUCAAGUACCUUGGAGGCAGCCUGCCUUUUCUAUUGCCUGUAAUUUCAUGCACUACCUUGUCGACAAUCCAUUAUCAAACAUAUAUUCCCGAAAAGGAAUAAAUCCUGUCGAAAAUAUCUUAAAUAAACUCGAAAAAAGCUCAUACUCUCUUGUAUGCGAAUGGAAGCAAGCUUUAUACAAGAUAUUUAAUGAUACAUCCUCAUUUGAUGAAGAAGAAAAACAAAUUAAUAAUUUUUUAAAGAGUAAAUUCGAUAAAAAAUACGAAUACAUAAUGAAACUUGAGAAUGCAAACUUCCGUGAUAUUAUGGAAGAUGUCGACAAAAAAGUCAAACUUAUCACCGAGCAUUCCACAAAAGAAACCUUUACAUUCCAAAAACUAUCAGAAAUGUAA